UCUCACUUCCUCUCGGGAGGCGGGCUCUCCUCGGGCAAUCUCUCGCUCAGUUUUCUGGCUCAGAUCUGAGACCCAUUUCCCGCCUUCACAGACCUAAUCAAGAAAUGGAAACUGAACCAGUUUCCGUGCAGAAGGUACCUGCACCCCCUGGAUCUCCCUGUCGACAACAGGACUCUGCCCUGACCCCCACGCCCACCAUGCCUCCCCCAGAGGAACCCUCCGAAGACUAUGAACACAGCCAAAGCCCUGCAGAGCAAGCCAUACAGGAGGAAUUUCAGUUUCUGCGCUGCCCGAGCUGCCAGGCCCAAGCCAAGUGCCCCAAACUGCUGCCUUGCCUGCACACGCUGUGCUCCGGAUGCCUGGAGGCGCCUGGCCUGCAGUGCCCCAUCUGCAAGGCUCCUGGGCAGGCCGAUGCUAAUGGGGAGGCCCUGGAUAACGUGUUCUUCGAGAGCCUGCAGCGGCGCCUGGCGGUGUUCCGGCAGAUCGUGGAUGCUCAGGCUGCGUGCACCCGCUGCAAAGGCUUGGCCGACUUCUGGUGUUUCGAGUGUGAACAGCUCAUUUGCAGCAAGUGCUUCGAAGCACACCAGUGGUACCUCAAGCAUGAGGCCCGGCCCCUGGCUGAUCUCCGCGACAAUUCAGUGAGCAGCUUCCUCGACAGUACGCGCAAGUCCAAUAUCUUCUGCUCCAAUACCAACCACCGCAACCCUGCGCUGACUGACAUCUACUGCCGAGGCUGCGCCAAGCCUCUGUGUUGCACAUGCGCGCUCCUGGACCGCAACCACAGCCAUCUCCAUUGCGAUAUUGGUGAGGAGAUUCAGCAGUGGCAUGAGGAACUAGGCACCAUGACACAGACUCUGGAGGAGCAGGGCAGAACCUUCGACAGUGCCCAUGCACAGAUGUGCUCAGCUAUAGGACAGCUGGACCACGCACGCGCAGACAUUGAGAAGCAGAUCCGCGCACGCGUGCGCCAGGUGGUAGACUACGUGCAGGCUCAGGAGCGCGAGCUGCUCGAGGCGGUGAAUGACCGCUACCAGCGCGACUACCAGGAAAUAGCUGGCCAGCUGAGCUGCCUGGAAGCUGUGCUGCAGCGCAUCCGCACUAGUGGGGCGCUGGUCAAGAGGAUGAAGCUCUAUGCCUCCGACCAGGAGGUGCUGGAUAUGCACAGCUUUCUGCGCAAGGCACUCUGUAGCUUGCGCCAGGAGGAGCCCCAGAACCAGAAAGUCCAGCUGCUCACCAGAGGUUUCGAGGAGUUCAAGCUGUGCCUGCAGGACUUCAUCUCCUGCAUCACCCAGAGGAUAAAUGCAGCUGUAGCCAGCCCAGAGGCAGCCAGCAAUCAACCAGAGGCAGCCAGCACUCACCCAGUGACAACCAGCACGCCUGAGGACCUUGAGCAGCCCAAAGAAGUGCAGAGUGUACAGGCUCAGGCCCUAGAGCUGUCUAAGACCCAACCUGUGGCUAUGGUAAAAACAGUGCCUGGAGCACACCCUGUACCAGUGUAUGCCUUUUCAAUGCAAGGCCCCACCUACAGAGAGGAGGCUUCUCAGACAGUCGGCUCCAUGAAGAGGAAGUGCUCCCACGAAGAUUGCUCCAGGAAGAUCAUCAAGAUGGAGUCCACAGAGGAGAACGAGGACAGGUUGGCCACAAGCUCCCCCGAGCAGUCCUGGCCCAGCACUUUCAAGGCCACCUCCCCUCCCCAUCUGGAUGGGACUUCCAACCCUGAGAGCACCGUCCCUGAAAAAAAGAUCCUCCUGCCCAACAACAAUCAUGUUACCAGUGACACAGGGGAAACAGAGGAGCGAGUUGUGGUGAUCAGCAGCUCAGAGGAUUCGGACACCGAGAAUCUGGGACACUUCUCUGAGCUUCAUCCUGACCCUGACCCUAGCCUGUUGACUAUACCUUCUGCUCCUGGUAAGAAACUGAAGCCCUUUUGGCGGUGUGGGAAUUGUCAGCAUCUGCUACCUAAUUACAGAUUUGUCUGCUGUUGGCACUUCCCUUCAUCUGCCACUUCUGCCUGGUUGGAGGGGAAGUCUGUCUUCCUCUAAGACCCACACCUGAGUCCUGCUCCCCUGCUCCCCUGCCCCCACCCUGUGAGGAGGCUCACUCUAUCUCCUGCUCCCCCGCCCUUGUGUCUUCUGAUUCAUCUACUUCCUUCUUGCCAGUCACUGCCCGCUCCCUGCUUCCCCCUUGGCCUAGGCUUCUCAUCCUACUUUCUGCAUCUCCACACCAUGCCUACACCCUCUACCCAUUUGUUGGCACGAGGGAAGCUCCAGGCCUCUCAGCACCGUGGUCCUAGAUAGUCCCUAGCAUUCCUGACUGGGUCAGCCUCUCCCAGAAGUCCAUCUCUCUUUGCAUUUCUGGGUGCUUCGUUCCAGGUCUCUUUGCUCUUGUAAAGGUUGUUUUUCUGGCUUUGAUUCUGGCUUCCUUUCCCCUGUACUGGGUACAGUCUCUGGGUUAGGGCAGCCUGCUCUGACUAGUUGUUGCUCCUGCCUGCUAGACCAGAAUGCCAGGGUGUACUGGCAGCUUUGCCUAAAGCCUUGUGUGUGUACUGUGCACAUUCUCUCUGUCCCUCCCCCUGGAUUACCACUCUACCCUCUGCAGAGGUGCAUUGCUGAGGGCAGGGCACCUCUUGUAACUGUUUCUCACCUGUAGCCAAAAUUUGGUCCUUGCCUUUCCGUUGUUGCCUAUAUUCUUCUGUUAGCUGGACAUUACUUUCUAUCUCAUCAUCUUUGAUAACGUUCAAGCUACUGGCCCCGGGAUGGAACUGGAAACCUAGGAAGGAACAGUGGAGAAAAGUAUUCCAGAGGUUUCCCUGGGCAUUGUAUAUGGUUGAGCUCAGGAGAUGUCACAAGCACUAUAGCAGGUGGGGAGAGGACAGUGAGAUCCAACCAUCCGUGGGUUAUCAGGAUCACCAAGGGAGGAGGGAGAUACACAAUUCAGGUUAGGAAGAGGUGAUCAUUGCUCACUGUGCAGAGCAAGCCUGGGGGUAGAAGAGUCCAUUGCUUUUAUGUGUAUAUAUGUAUAUAUAUAUAUAUGUGUGUGUGUGUGUGUGUGUGUAUUUACAAAUACAAAUUUGCACUUUGCAGUUUGGAGGGACAGAUAGUGCUUCAGGGUACCCAUCCCUAUCUUCCCUAUCUCCUUUCUUGUAGGGCCUUUGUUUUACUUUAUAAUGAGGGGCUGUUCUAUAAGUAUUGGCCUGCUGAAGUGCCAUCUUUUUCAAAUGAGACAGUAGGGGUAGGCAGGCCUCAGAAUGGCCUGCCCUGCAUUUAUGUCCAUUACAAGACUUCCCUGUCCCAGGGGAGAGACCGUGCAAGGAGGAAUGUUUCAGAAGAGCUCAUCUUGCUGGAUGAGGCAGCUGGGUCUCAGAUGUGGAGAGAAGUCAGGUCCUAGUCUCUUGUAGAGCCCAUGGGAGGAAAGCUGUGCUUAAGCUCUGGAAAGAUGGGUGGGGCCCUGCACCUAGCCAGGGCCACUGUUUGAAGAGUCUUGCAGCAGAAGAGAUAGGUAGUCUCACCCAUUUUUUGUGACAGAUGACUAGAGACCUUGACAGUAUCAGAGCAAGCAGGAACUGGAGCAGCCUGUGGCAGACCCAGCAAGGAUGACUGGCAGAGGAAGGGAGGCUCAUGAGCAACAGCUGGUGUAGAGAUGCCACCAUGGUACUGAUAUGAGAGGCAGGUGCUUGACUGAGAAUGUGGGAACCGUGUGUGUGUGUAAGAGCAGAGCUGCCUGCAGAAGGGCUGGAGCCGCAGGCACAAGGGUCCUAGCAGCUAAUUACAUGGCCUAGUUUGCUAAUAUCUGUGCCUUGUCUCCAAGGCCUUUAAGAGCCUUGGAGCUAGGAGUUAGGAGUUUGUGUCUGUGAACCCCAGAGACACACGUGUCUCACUAAACUGAGCCCAGCUGUAGCUGAAGCUUAGGCGUGAGAAAGUUCUUCAGGAUCGAGACUUUUGCUGAGCAUCAGUGGAAGAUUCUAGAUGGCUCCCUAAGCUAAACACUGGCUUCCCAAAAGGAGUUGACUUUUGUCUGUUCAGCUUGUCAUCAAACAAGGCAUGAAUGUCCGUGUAGACCGGAGCUUCUCAAGCCUGGCUGUGCACCGAGGACUUUAAGCAACUGCACAUUGCUGGAUCCCACCCCCAUAGAUUCUAUGUCCCAUGAACAGCCUGGACUUCCUAUGCUACUAAGGCCUAGCCAAAAUCAGGCAUUGCUGAACGGGGGCAUUCGGUGUGUGGAAGAGAGGAAUGUUCCUUUAUUUGGAAGGGGGUGACAUUUAAGUUAGUGGGUGUGAUACAGAAAGGACAAGAAAGACUGGCUCUCACCUCCAUCGGAGAACAGGGAAGGGAAGAGAGCUUAUGGCCCAUGGUGACACUUAAGUCUCCCAUCCCGGUCCUUGGUCUCUCAUCAUCUCACUCCAGUGUUGUUGUUGUUUAAUUCUUUGGCCUUCUCUCAGUUGGUCUUACCCCUGCCUGCAUGAGAACUCUCUUUUCUCAGCCCUAUUCUCUCCUGCCUCCACUUCUCUUUCCCCCACAAGCAAGUUUCCUGAUUUUUUUUCCAUCUCUCUUCCUCCUUUCUUCCCUCCCUCCACACUCAGCUAUUCUGAUAUUUGGAAUAAGAUGGAUGAGUGAGGGCUUCUGAUGUGCCCAGAGACUCCCUUGCUGAGCUAGGAGGGAGAGAUGCUGGUCCAGAUGCUGUGUGUUCCCUUCCUAUAGACCCUUGUUUUUAGAGAUGUCUUGCUUAAAUGGUCCAUUUAAGCCAAGUUGGUUUGAGAUUUAAGAGAAGAGGCGAAUAAGGAGUUUUUAGCCACCUAGCUCAAGUACAUGGUGUACCAGUGAGACCAGCCUCUGCCAUUAGUGCAUGGCAAUUCCUGGGGGUUUGGGGGAGUGUGGGGGCUGUGCCUGGGCUAAAAAGACAGAUCCUGCCUUUCCUUUAGCCACAGCUCAGAGGAGGGAAAGGGGGGCAUCCUGUUAGUGAGAUACCUACAGGUUCCCUCAGAGAAGGCAGAUCUAGAAAUGAGGUUUCCUACCAUAAGUGAUGAGGCAUGAAGAUGAAGGCAGUAACCAGAAGGUAGAGCUGUGGAGCGCUCCAGGUGUUCUGCUCUGAAGACUGCCUUCAAGGCCUGAAGGGACAUCGUCAGGAGGAAAGAGUCAGGUGGGCGCACCUGGGGCCCAAAGGGGCUUUUGGUGUAAAUGCUUGAGGUCAGAAGGAAGAUCUAGGAAGAGGCAGUCCGUGUGCGAUGUCACUGAAGACCUAGGAAGAGGCAGCCCGUGCAUAGACGAAUUGACUGGGCCAGUGAGGCAGCUCUUCAGCAUCUGGAGAGGGUGAACCCAGACCAGAGAAGGGCAUAACCAGGGUGGCUCAGCUCUGCCUACCAAUCCAAGUGUGAGGAUAGACACUGGGAGUCUAAGGACAGAAACCCGGAGCAAGAGUGCAAACUCUGGAGGCCACUCCAGAAAAUGACGUAAUUUUUCCGUGGGGAAGAGAACAGUCUCCUGCUCUCAGCUCGAAACUAGGAAGAUGCCUCCAGAAAGGCCCUCACAGGGAUGGCAAAGCAAUGUGGGGUGUCUGGGUGUAAGGCGGGCUGGGAGGAAGUUGGGGUGCCUGAUGCAGGACUACAAAAUAUAAGUUGAAUGAAAAGCAACUUCCUUUAGGAGAGCCCAGCCCUGGUUCGCUUUCUAGUGAGCACCACAACUUCUCUUGGCUGAAGGUUUGUGAAAAGCAAGUGUUUUGGAAGGGUGGGUGAUAACCGCCACGGCCAAAGGUACUUAUUUCAGGUCACAGCUUGUAGUCCAUCAUCCAGGGAAGUCAUGACAGGAACCCAAGACAGGCACUGACUCAGAAUCUGUGGAAGAAUGCUUUUUACUGGCUGCUGUUCUUCCUGGCUAGCUCAGCCUGAUCUCUUAUACACCCAAAGACCGUGUGCCCAGGGAUGGCACCGCUCUCAGUGGGCUUUGCCCCUCCAUAUCAAUCACUACUUACGAAGGGAGGCAUUCUCCCCACAUUGUAGCUCCCCCAUCUCAGAUGACUCUAGCUUGUGUCAAGUUAACAAAAACAACAACUAGGGCAGCAGGCAUGUUAACUCUCUCUGCAGCCAGAGGUGUUCUCCAGAAGCCACAGCCCUGGCUCAUGUGUGCAAUCCUUACAUGAGACACAUCCGGUUCACACCUGCAUACACAUUUGUGCGUCCCCACUACUCCACCCUCUCCUGCGCACAGAGAGGCUCUUACUGUGCAGGCGGGUAUCAUCCCUACAGUUUCCUGUGCGCACACUUGCUCCAGAGCGCAGACUUAACCUCGCCUUGGACCUUCAAGGCCUCUGAACUCCUGACCUGUUGGCUUCUUUGUG